CACACAUACACACACACAGACACACACAUACACAUGCCACCAUUCCAGUGAAAACUUGCCGAACUCCCAAAGACUACUGAACAACAGGGAUGCAGUUGUCUAUGCUGGUGUUAUGCAUACUGGGAACAUCACUGGUGUGGGCAGAUGUUACCACCGAAGAAGCAAAGCCCAUGGAGGACUCCUGCUCAAAGAGCUGCUCGUGCCUCACCGAUGACUAUACACUAGAGCUCAUCGCCUACUGCAGCGUGCGGAACCUCACACAGGUCCCCGUCAAUAUCCCUGCAGCUACACGUACUUUAUGGCUAGACGGAAACCUGUUUACUACCCUCUCAGCCGACGCCUUUAAAAAUCUGAGCAAUCUGGAGUUCCUGAAUCUACAAAGCGGCCAGUUGUCAAGCCUCGACUCCCAGGUCUUCAGAGGUCUGCAUGCUCUUGCUCACCUCCACCUGGAGCGAAAUAAUCUCCGCUCAUUACCGGGUACCAUUUUUCAAAACACCCCUAACCUUGCUUCCCUUAGUCUCCAGAACAAUCAACUGUCCCGCAUAGACGAAAGGUUAUUUGCAGGUCUCUCUCAUAUGUGGCUCCUAAAUCUUGGAUGGAAUUCCCUUGCGGUUCUUCCUGAGACUGGAUUUCAUGACCUGCAUGGCUUACGGGAGCUGGUGCUUGCUGGGAAUCGCUUGGCUUAUCUACAGCCUCAGCUAUUCCAGGGUCUUACAGAACUUAAAGAGUUGGAUUUAAGUGGAAACUCUUUAAGGGUUAUCAAGGCCAAUGUCUUUCUCAAACUUACGAAGCUGCAAAAGCUUUACCUUAACCAGAAUCAGAUUGUAACAGUGGCACCUAGAGCAUUUAUGGGCAUGAAGUCUUUGAGAUGGUUGGAUCUGAGCAGAAAUCAUCUUUCCGUGAUCCAUGAUGAAACAUUCCUUGGUCUACACAGCCUGCAUGUACUUCGCCUGUCAAACAACACAGUAAGUGGCCUAAAGCCAGGUACAUUUCGUGACCUGCAGUAUCUUGAAGAGCUCUGUCUAUGCCACAACAAGAUAAAGUCCCUAGGAGAGAGAGUUUUCGAAGGACUGGGCCAUUUAGAGGUGCUUAACUUAGAAUACAAUAGGCUGCAGGAGGCACGGACGGGUACCUUCUUAGGCCUCAGUCACUUGGCGGUGAUCAAGCUCGCUGGUAGCUGUUUCCGCAGUCUUCCAGACCAAGUGUUUAAAGGCCUUUCAAAGCUACAUAGCAUUCAUCUUGACAAAGGCUGUUUGACCAAAGUAUCCACCCAAGGUUUUGCUGGUCUGUCAGGUCUGCGUCGACUUUUCCUACAACACAACAACAUCUCUGUGGUGGAGCGUCAAAGUUUUGUGGAGCUCCAAGGGCUGCAACAGCUCGAUCUACGAUUUAACAAACUGGUGUCGCUCUCUUCCCACAACUUCUACGGAUUAAAGAGUCUUGAUUACCUUCUGCUAUCCAACAACCUCCUCCGCCAUAUUCCUUCGGAAGUUCUUCUACCAUUACAACACCUAUCUUGGCUGGACCUCUCUGGAAAUAAGCUGGAUGUUCUACAAAACGCAACAUUAUAUAUGCUACCACGUCUGCGCUACCUCAACCUGAAGGAUAAUGCGCUGACUGUGCUUCCACCUUCCAUUCCAGAUGGGUUAGACCGACUCUGGCUAUCAGGUAAUAGCUGGAAAUGUGACUGCAGUGCGAAAGCUUUUAAGGAUUUCAGCUUGCAGAAGCCACAUGUGAUUCCACGGCAGGUGGAGACCUUGGCAGAGGGUGAAGAGCCUCAUACACUUAUAACAAUCUUUAACAACAUCACAUGCACCAGCCCACCCAGUCUUGCUGGCCUGGACCUGCGAGAUGUCAGCAUUGAACAAUUAUGCUGAUGGUUUAAAAAAAAACA